CGCCCGAUCACACACUCCAGUCCGCCCGUUCCCACUCCCAAACCCAAAGUCGCAGGCGCCCCCCGCCGCCGCUUGCAGCUCGCGAACCCGGGCGCGCCUGAGCUCGACACGCUGCGCUGCGCUGGUGCCGCGUCGGAGACGGACGCCAUGGACGCCCUCUCCUGCGUGGGCGUGGCGCCGCAGGGCGCGCUGAUGUCCCGCUCCUUCGCCGACGCCGCCAUCGCCCGCGCGCUCCGCUUCUCCCUCUCCGACGCGCCCGAGCCGUCCGCAGCCGCCGCCUCCACGACGGCGGCACUGCCCGCCGCGGCGGCGCUGAUGCACGCCUUCGGGGGCCAUCCGCCGCCUGGCAGCGCGGCGCCGACGUCGCCUGCGCGAUGCCGGCUGGGGCCGGCGGGCGGGCACGCGGGGAAGCGGCGGCGCCCUCGGCCGUCGAAGCGCGCGCCCACCACGUACAUCAGCACCGACGCCGCCACGUUCCGCGUCAUGGUGCAGCGCGUCACGGGCGCCGACGAGUCCGACCUGCUGCUGCAGCAGCAGGAGGACGGCGCCGGCGCCGGCCUCGGCCUGGGCCUCCUCCUGCCGCAGCUCGGCAUCGAGCAGUUCCUUCAGGCGGGCCCCGCGGCGCACGCCGCCGCCGCCGCCGCGUACACGACGGCGGCCCCGCCCGCCCCGGCGGAGCAGCAGCCGCUGUUCCCGACGCUGGACUCGUGGAACGUCAUGUACGGGAAGAAGAACGGGGUGGUCUGAGCUCUGGCUGGCCAUUGAAAACGUCGUGUCAUCACUGUAGUCCGUUCGAGCCGAGCUUGCAGCUGCAGCUGCAGCGUGGAUGAUCAGUCGACGAUCCCUUCUUCUUGAUGGUCGCAGAAGCAGCACAAUCGGGGUGACCGUGAGUGGUCUUCUAUGCCACUAGGGGUGUAGUGUUAAUCAGAGAACCAGGCGAUCAAGCUCUCUCUAUCGAUUGCAGUUAGCUUUGCAGUUGCAUGUACAUGCCUCCUGUCAGUGUGAGCUUCCUGCUUCGUGUAUAAAAAUGGUGGCGUUCGUAAAAAAGUUCUAUCCCUGGUACUGCUAA